ACUGCACGUUUAAACAGAAUCGGUUGAAACCAGCGACUCGUGGGGGCAGCGAUAUUUUUGUAAAUUGUCUUAGAAAGAUUGCAAUCUGUCAUUAUUGGAAUAUAACGCUUCCCUACCAAAAACAUGUCAAAGCAAAUAUACUACUCGGAUAAAUACACCGACGAGCAUUAUGAAUACAGGCAUGUCGUAUUACCCCGAGAACUGGCGAAGCAAGUCCCCAAAUCACAUUUGAUGUCAGAGGAUGAGUGGCGGAGACUUGGGGUGCAGCAGUCACUAGGUUGGGUACACUAUAUGAUCCACGAACCAGAACCUCAUAUACUCUUAUUUCGAAGACCUCUUCCAAAGAUGUGAUGGCGUACCAAGAAGUGCUGCUCCUGGAACAGCUGUGCGCUUAAUACUGGUAUUCAGUGAAUACUUGCACACCAUCAACUUAAUGCCUCCUGUGCACACGCUGUGUUAUCUCAGCAAAAAAGCUCAGUUGGAUCACAAGUUGACAGUUGCAUUGCUGUAGCAUGGACAUUUAGGUCCAGAGGAAUUGCUAUUGUAUUACCAAUGUGCCCAUAAUCUGUUGAUCAUGUGUCAAAUAAAUAUGUUUAUAUAAUCAGGGAUGUUAAUCUUGAUGUUACUAUUGGUACAAUUUUGCUGUUGGUAAAUUUGCCAUCCAGUGAAACAUCAAGAAACUCUGGCUUAUAAAAAUAUGAAAACCUCUACUAUUGUAAAUUAUUUGGAGUAACUUCUGUUUUAUAUACAAGGCAUCAUAAGUGUAUCCUCGUUUUAAAGAUGGUGCAUGUGGCAGUGCCUCAUCUGGAUUUGUAAACUGAUUUAGGUGUCUAACCUCCAAGUACACUUGUCAGAACCACUGUGCCUACACAAGAACAACAGCUUUUUUCUUCUGUGCCUGAUGAGUGUUGUCUGUGUGUCAGUAGCAUCGUUAUUGUCUAUAUUUGUGUUGAUAAAAUAUAGUGGCAAACAUGGUGUGUGUGGAUAUCAGUUAAAUGCAUAAUUUUCAAUUUUUUUUCUUUAGUCUUCUUAAUUGUACCUGUUCACAGAAAUGUAGUCUUGGGCACCACUGUAUCACAGCUUUUGAAAUUGAAAUACUUUUUUUGUGCAUGAUCUGAUGGUAUUGUUUUACCUUCCUGGGUACACCCAGGUUUGAUUAGAAAUGUGUCCAUUAGGCCAUUCUCAUAUGGAGCACUCAAAGUAAUGAUGGGAAGGUUGUCGUCUAUCUUCUGUGGUUUGAAUGUUAUGACUUGAAAAUAAACCCUUCUUUUUUAUAUA